AUGGGCAACUUGAGUAAUCCUGAGAAGCAUUUAGGAGCAUUUGUCGGAGACUUGGCUUUUGAAGAUGAUUCAGGCAGUGAGGAUAUAUCAUUGGACGGGCUUCAGCAAGAGCUCGAAGUAUGUCAAAGUGAUGAGGACUACAUAAAAGAAAGUGAUAAUCUAGUCUCGCUUCACGAUCAGCUUCGUGAUUGUGACGGCAUCUUGUGUCACAAGUGGAAACUCUCCUCAGUGGAUUUCAGGUACUUGACAUUUAUAUCAUUUGAAGGGAUUGGUUCUAUAAGUUCAGACAUAAAGAUUCUUCAAGAAAAAUCAGUGGACAUGGGUUUGAGAUUGAAAAAUCGCAGGGUGGCUGAAUCAAAGCUAGCAAAAUUUGUCGAAGACAUUAUAGUACCACCAAAGAUGAUAGAUGUGAUUGUUGAUGGAGAGGUGAAUGAAGAGUAUAUGAAAACGCUUGAACUUCUAAGUAAGAAGCUGAAAUUUGUGGAAGCAGAUCAAGCAGUUAAAAGUUUCAAAGCAUUAAAAGAUGUAGAGCCCGAGCUUGGAAAGCUCCGGCAAAAAGCAAUCUCUAAGUUGUUAAUUGUUGGAUAA